AUGUCCCUCAAUCUGCUGUGCUCCCACCGUUUCCCUCUCCCAUUAUAUUGUUCCUUUUCACCUUCUUCCCAUAAAUUUCCUUUCCCUUCUGCCACUCUUUUUUGCAUUUUCUUCCAUCACCAACACCACUACAGCUCUUCUAGAACAGCUGACUUGUUCACCUUAAAAGCAUCAUCAUCAUCGUCAUCAUCCAAUGACUCGCCGACCAAGGAGAAGGUGGUCUCCGAGUUAUUGGACGAGGAGCUUCUCAGUGCAGUUUCGGCUGCUAAAGAUGCCGAUCAAGUGCUUGAUAUAAUUGCAAACAGAACUAACAGGAUUAGUGGCUUUGUGGGUCCUUCUGAUUGUUGCUUGAUCCUAUCUGCCGCCAUUGGUCGUGGUAAUGCUGACUUGGCUCUCUCCGUCUUUGGAGCCAUGCGCUCGUCUGCCUUCGAUUCAGAGGUAGGUGAAUAUGAUAAUCAGGUUCAGAGAUGGAAGUGGUCUAGACCAGAUGUGGAUACAUAUAACUUACUUAUUCAAGGUCUCGCAUCCUUGUUGAGAGUUUCAGAUGCCCUGCGAAUAAUAUCCAGUAUUUGCCGGGUGGGAGUAUCUCCAAGCGAAGAGGUCCCUUUUGGCAAGGUUAUCAAGUGUCCUAGUUGUAUGAUCGCUGUUGCUGUAGCUCAACCACAACAUGGUGUUCAGAUUGUCUCCUGUUCGAAGUGUCGCUAUCAGUAUGAGCUUGUUUCUGGGACCAUUUCAAGUAUAGAGUCUGAAGAAAUCAGCAUGGAUGUCCCAGCAUGGAAGAGGGGGCUAAGUAUUUUGCAAAUUGUGAAGCUAAACAUUCCAGCUGCUGUUCACUCCAUUGUGGUUGAGACACCUUCUGGUCUGGCAAGGACUCACAAGUUUGCUACUGAAACAGUUGAUCUCCCCGCCCAAGAAGGAGAGAGGGUUACCAUUGCCCUCGCUGCUCCAGAAACAGUUUACAGAGAGGUUGGUCCGUUUCGGUUAAGUUCAAAACUCCCCAACUUCUUUCCUGGAGAACCAAUGUGCCUCACAAAUCAUUCAGAUGGCCGGGAAUCAGCAUUGUUAAGGGCCCCUGUAAAAGAAAAUGGCACAUCCUUGACAAAUCCUUCUGUUCUCUUUCCUCUUCUUGUGAUGCUUGCCUCUGGAGAUGCUGCUACUGGAAUUAUAGAUCCCAGCCUCCCUAAAUUAAUUUUAGCUGCUGGAGUAUCCUCAUUUGUUGUUGGAGCCACAUUUAGCAAUCUGGUUUACCCACAACUAGGGAAGCUUCCUCAAAAACUAGUUGACACACUCGCUAUCAGGCAGCAACUUCUAUCUCAGUAUGAUGUUCUCCAAUCACGAAUCAAGGAGUUACAGAAAGCUUCUGAAAAUGAGGUUUGGAUGUUGGCUCGCUUGUGUCAAUUAGAGAAAAAAAUUCUUGCAGUCGGAGAACCAUCUUACCGAGCUCGCAGAAGCAGAGUAAAACGGGUUCAAGAUAGCUUGGAGACUUCUCUUAAGAAAAGGAUUGAGUUGAUUGAAAGCUAUGCCAGAAUAUCUUCCAUGAUAGAGAUUGAAGUGGAGAUGGACUCUGAUGUUCUUGCUGCUGAAGCAGCAACCAAUGUGGAAAACAUUGCUGGACAGAUACAGCAAAUUAUGGAAAUUGAAAAUCUUGAAGAGAAAUGGCGACUCCAGGCCGAGGCAAAUGAUGAGGCUGAAAGACUUCUUAGCACUGAGCCAAUACCUACAGAACAGGUUACAGACAGAUAA